GGUGUGCGGGGCGUGGGGUGCUGAGCCGGGGUCCGGGACCCCCCGGUCCCCACUCGUCCCCACCGGCACCGGGGCGCUCCGUAGGCUCCGGGCGCUUUCCCGGCUCAGCCCCGGCUGCUCUCCCGGUGCGCUCCGGUCUCAGCCCCGCAGCCAACACCCCACUCCCCCCCCCGGCAUCAUCGCACCAUGCCCGAGCAGCUCAGCGUGGCCGAGUUUUUGGCCGUGACCGGCGAGGAUCUGAGCUCCCCCGCAGCCGCCGCCUUCACAUCCAAGCUGCAGAAAUGCCGGGGUGCCGUGGGGGCUCUGGAGGAGAGCCUGGAUGGGGACCAAGCCAUACUGCAGAGGAUCAGGAAAUACGUGAAAGCCAUCCACGUCUCUGGGCUCACCCACGUGGAGAACGAGGAGCAGUACAGCGAAGCCCUGGAGAACUUUGGCAACAAUCACCUCUCACAGAACAACCACGAGCUCUCCACUGGCUUCCUCAACCUGGCCGUCUUCACCCGUGAGGUCACCGCGCUCUUCAAGAACCUGGUGCAGAACCUGAACAACAUCGUCUCCUUCCCCCUGGACAGCUUGCUGAAGGGGCAGCUGAAGGACAGCCGCAUGGACUCCAAGAAGCAGAUUGAAAAGGCCUGGAAGGAUUACGAGACCAAAGUGGGGAAGAUGGAGAAGGAGAAGGAACGUGCCCGCUUGGCGGGGGUCAUCCAGGCUGAACCGUCAGCAGCAGAGGUGGCAGAGGACACACAGAAGGAGCGGAGGCUCUUCCAGCUCCACAUGUGUGAGUACCUGCUGAAAGCCAGCGAGAGCCAGAUGAAGCAAGGGCCGGAUUUCCUGCAGAGCCUCAUCAAGUUUUUCCAUGCUCAGCACAAUUUCUUCCAAGACGGCUGGAAGGCUGCCCAGAACCUCUACCCCUUCAUCGAGAAGCUGGCUGUGUCCCUCCACUCGCUCCACCAAGCACAAGAGGAGGAGGUGAAGCAGCUGACGCAGACCCGCGAUGCACUGCGCAGCAUCCUGCAGCUGGACAGCAAGGAGGAAAACCUGAGCAGGAAGAACUCUGGCAGUGGCUACAGCAUCCACCAGCACCAAGGGAACAAGCAGUAUGGGACAGAGAAGUCAGGGUUCCUGUACAAGAAGAGUGAUGGGAUCCGCAAAGUGUGGCAGAAGAGGAAAUGCGGUGUGAAGUACGGCUGUCUGACCAUCUCCCACAGCACAAUAAACCGUCCCCCUGUAAAGCUGAACCUGCUCACCUGCCAGGUGCGGCCCCACGCCGAGGAGAAGAAGUGCUUCGACCUGGUGACACACAACAGGACGUAUCACUUCCAAGCAGAGGAUGAGCAGGAGUGCGUGGUGUGGGUCUCGGUGCUGCAGAACAGCAAAGAUGAAGCCCUGAGCAAUGCUUUCAAGGGUGAACCGAACGGCGGGGCGGCCUCAGCAGGCAGUGGGGCAGAUGGCAGCGUGCAGGAGCUGACCAAGCUGGUCAUCAGCGAGGUGAAGAACAUGCCAGGCAACAAGCAGUGCUGUGACUGCGGGGCGCCGGACCCCACGUGGCUCUCCACCAACCUGGGCAUCCUGACGUGCAUUGAGUGCUCCGGCAUCCACCGGGAGCUGGGUGUGCACUACUCCCGUAUCCAGUCCCUCACCCUGGAUGUCCUCAGCACCUCUGAGCUGCUGCUGGCUGUCAGCGUUGGGAACACACGCUUUAAUGAAAUCAUGGAGGCCACGCUGCCCACACAGGACUGCCCCAAGCCCUCAGCUGGCAGCGAUAUGAGCGCACGCAAGGAGUUCAUCGUGGCCAAAUACAUGGAGAGGCGCUUCGUGCAGCGGGGGGGGGCCAGCGAGCCCCACCGCCUCCGGGAUGCCAUCCACAACCGUGAUCUCCUGGCCCUGCUGCAGGCCUUUGCUGAAGGACACGACCUGGCCAAGCCCUUGGCCAGCCCUGAGGGCCAGGACGCAGGUGAGCUGGCGCUGCACGUGGCCGUGCGCUGCGCGGACCGAUCGUCCCUUCCGCUGGUGGAUUUCAUCAUCCAGAACGGGGGGAUGCUGGACCGGGUGACGCAGGAUGGGAACACGGCGCUGCAUUACGGAGCGCUCUACAACCAACCCAACUGCAUCAAGCUGCUGCUGAAGGGCAAAGCUGCCUUUGGGAUGGUGAACGCAGCGGGUGAGACGGCGCUGGAUGUGGCACGGAGGCUGAAGCACAGCGAGUGCGAGGAGCUGCUGGAGCAGGCGCAGGCGGGGAAGCUCUCCCUGCAGGUCCACGUGGAUUACGACUGGGAACCACCCCAGGAAUACACCUAUGACAGCGAGGAUGAGCUGGAGGAGAAGGUGAGCCCCCUGCAGCGUUCAUUCAAGGGCCCCUCACCACUGGCUGCCGCCCCCCCCCCCCCCCCCCCCCCCCCCCCACGCUGGAGCUGCGCAGGGAUGGACAUCACCAACCAGACCUACGAGAGCAUCCUGGUGGCUUCGCGUCCCGCACCGCGCCGGGCGCACAGCGAGGAGCUGCCCCCUCCCCUGCCCCUUAAAAACCCCACCCGGGGCGGCCCCCGCUCUAAGCACAGCCCCACGGAGCGCCCCGAGCUCCCCCGGCAGACGUCAGAGCCGCACUUUGCUGGUUUGACGGAGACCCCCGCGCCGCGCAGCCUCUCCUCUUCCUCGUCCUCAUCCUCCUGCAGCGCGGGGGCUCUGGAGGGCACAGCUCUGCCCCCCCCGGCUGCCAGCACCCGCAGCCCCCCCGAAGCGCGACGGGCGGCGUAUUGGGAGACGCGCUCCGAGACGGAGAGCGGAGGAACGCGGAGGGGGACGGAGCUGAGCGGCCCCUCCCCCGGGCAGCCCCCGCCGGGUGCUGUGACUCCCGAUGUCACUCCCGUCAAGUUUGGGUAG